UCUCAUCUGCUCCACUCUUUCCUUUCUCAUUACCUUAUUAUCUUCUUGAGCUUCCUCUUUCAAGAAGGAUCUUGUUGCCCUGGUCUAAUAAAUAUGGUUGAAUCAGCCAUGUCAAAGACAAUGAUGGAGGAAGUAAUGGCAACAUGGUCAGAGGGGUCAGAGGAAGAUGAGCUUGUGAGAGAGCUUUUGGAUGAUGGGUCUCCCCUUCUUAUGGUGCCUCAGGAGCCAAUUCAAAACCCCAUAACAAAACCAUCUUCAACUCACCAUGCCUUUAAUAGCUUCCUCUCCAACAUUUACUCAGGUCCUACUAUCUCAGAUAUUGAAAAUGCUUUGUCAGUCACCAACCAAGGAGACCACUUCCCACCACUCUCAUCACCCAGAGUUUCCAUAUUGGAGAGGGGUUUGAGCAAGAUUGAGAAUAAGUAUACCCUCAAAAUCAAAUGCUUUGGCAAUGGGAUGGGAGAUGAUGGAUAUAAGUGGAGGAAGUAUGGACAGAAAUCCAUUAAGAAUAGCCCAAAUCCUAGGAGUUACUAUAGGUGCACAAACCCAAGGUGCAGUGCCAAGAAGCAGGUUGAGAGAUCCAUUGAAGACCCAGACACUCUUAUCAUAACCUAUGAAGGGCUCCACUUGCACUUUGCUUAUCCAUAUUUUCUCAUGGGCCAACCCGACCAAUCUCAAUCCCAUCAACCCAUCAAGAAGUCCAAGCCCACUUCUUCACAGGACCAAGCCCAAGUCCAUAUAGAAGAUUAUGUUCAUGAGGCCCAAUCAAGUGCCACUUCGGGUGUGCUGCCAUCCACUUCAUUGGACUCUCCACAAGACAUGGCCCAGGAAAACUUGGGCUCACAAGGGUUGCUUGAAGACAUGGUGCCAUUCAUGGUUCGGAACCCAGCAAACAGUGUGAGCAGUGCUCACACAAAUUUUUCUUGUUCUUCGUUUCGUUCUCCUCCGACCUCACCUCUGUGGCUUAAAUUCUAGGACCUAAUUUAUAAUUAUGAAUAUGUAAAGAUUUAGAAACACAAUAAUUUUAAAGGGUGGCUAUAAUGGUUUUGCUUAUGUGAAUUUAAUAUAUAAUGUAAUAGUAUAGUUUUUAUGUCACGUGAUCGAAG